AUGGUCAAGCUCACCGAAGUCGAAGAUGAGCAUUUCAAGGAAAAGCCUACAUCAUCCAAGUCCGAUGCUUUGCUAUUGAGCGAUGAUGAAGACGAGGAUUACACCGACACCGAAUCUGAAAUAUCUACAGACUCGUUUGACGACAAUCUUGACAACGAAACGCUGUACGAGAGAAUCUGUGCGCUACAAGACAUUAUCCCUGCCCAAUCCAGACACAAGAUUGGCAAUGUUUUCUCUUCCAUCUCAUCCUUCGCAAAAUCGACAGUUUCUUUUGGUGGAUCCGCUUUGUGGAUUGUAAGCACGAGUGCAUUCUUGCUUGGUGUUCCAUGGGCCCUCGCAUUAGCUGAGGAGCAGCAAUAUGUUCAAAUGGAAAGGGAGCAAGGCAUGAUCAAGGGGGCCAAUGAGAUGUUGACUCCUGGCGCCACAAGCGCUCUUACUGCCCCUGACCCCACUGCUCUGGAGGCUAAACCCGCCUUGUAA